GAAUUAAUGAACAAAAAUAAACAAGAGUGUGCAAGCAAGGGGGUGUGUGGAAAUUAUUUCCCCUUUCCAAGGAGUGAUUUCUUUGGCAAUCACUUCUGGCAAUUUUUACUUGUUCUUCAAAGUAAUAUUUAAAGCAGAUGCAGCAAAAAGGCUGCCCAUAACUUCACUGACAAAAAAAGGAGAGGGAGGAUAAGCUUUCAAAUUUCAAAGCAUGGGCUUUCCUCCCCACUUUCAGCAAUUCUAUCUACAAUUUCAUUUGCAAAAGGGGAAGAAAUCAAGAAGCUGAAGAACCAAAUCAACAAGAACAAAAAGAAAAAAAAAUCUCUCAGAUAAGGCUAUGGCUUCAAUUGCCAUUUCUGCUUCACUGCAAACAGUUUGCAGCUCACAUCAAGUCACAAAACAGCCCCAAUCGAAACCAGGAGCUCGCUCUUUGGGGACAAAAGAAGCAACGCAUGUUGUUGCUCUGAAUGUGGUAGCAAAUAGUUUGAACGUAUCUGCACAAGAGGAAUCUGCUUUACGCGUCGAAAAACACAAGGCAGAGGAUGCUGCUGACUCCAAAUCAGAGGAUGGUCUCGGGGGCGCAGAGUUGUCUGUCUUGAAAUUCAGGGACGAAAGGUGGAAGAAUGGGACAUGGGAUCUGAAUAUGUUUUCCAAAAAUGGCAAGAUGGAUUGGGAUGGCAUGAUUCUAGCAGAAGCUAAAAGGAGGAAGUUCCUUGAGCUUCACCCGGAAGCAUCUACGAACGAUGACCCGGUAGUGUUUAGGAGCUCCAUCAUACCAUGGUGGGCAUGGAUGAUGAGAUCUUAUCUCCCGGAGGCUGAGCUGAUCAACGGUCGAGCGGCAAUGGUGGGAUUCUUCAUGGCAUAUGUUGUAGAUGCCUUGACGGGGAUUGGGGUUGUCGGGCAAACAGGAAACUUCAUCUGCAAGGCAGGGUUUUUCGUGACAGUCACUGCUAUAAUACUCAUUAGGCGAACACAAGAUCUCGGAAACCUUAGGAAGCUCGCCGAUGAAGCUACUGUUGAAUAAGUGGCCAAGUGGCCAAGUGGACAACAAAACAAAACAACUUUCGGCUAAUAAACAAACCAAAAGAAACAAAAAGGUGAAAGACAAAAUGAUGAGGGAACAUCAUGAUGAGGAGGCAUCAUGAUUAUGUUUGUUGAAUUUUUUAUUGGGUGCUUUUGUAUUGAUGAAGUGAAUAUACGGAAGUGAGAAAGAGAGGAAGUGUGCACCAUUUUUUCAGUUUGAGUAGCCUAUCUUUGAGAGAGAAAAGUGAGCUGCAGAGAGCAGAAAACUGAGAGCAGAAAGAGAAGAAAGAAAGGUGAUUUCUUUCUUUGUUGGUACUCACUCAAUCAAAGUUGUAUUUUUGUAUUAGCUUUGACCUUUGUAUAGAGAGGAAAUUAUUCACUAUAUUUCCCUCUCUAUUUGUUUCUUUGGUGAGUGAGAGUUAU